AUGAAGUUCAUACCCACUGGUUGGAAAACUGGGUGGCGUAGUCGUUCAACAAUUGCCGCCACAGCUGAAGAGAUAAAUACUACGUCAAACAAUGCCGUCAACAGUCAAGUGGAAUGGGAACAGGCGAAACCAUUUGAUGAAAUGCCCACAAUGAGUACAUUCCAAUUCUUGAAGAAUUUUCUACCGGGUGGAAAAUAUGCCAAAUUGGAUUCAUCACAAAUGAUGUUGGCUUUGAAGGAGGAUAUGGGUCCAAUUGGCCGCAUCAAAGUUUCGCCGGGCAAACCUUUCACGGUGUUCACACAUAAUCCCCAAGAUUUUGAAAUGGCUUUACGCAAUGAAGGUAUUUGGCCAGUACGUCCUGGUUCUGAGGCUAUGUACUAUCAUCGUAAUGUACAUCGUGCUGAAAUCUUUCAGGGUGUUGAGGGUCUAAUCGGAACACAAGGCGAAAAAUGGGGCACAUUCCGAUCGACUGUAAAUCCAGUUCUAAUGCAACCCAAGAAUGUACGCCUAUACUUCCAGAAAAUGUCUCAGGUCAAUAAGGAAUUUAUGGAAAGAAUUCGACAAAUUCGUGAUCCCAAAACAUUGGAAGUUCCCUCCACAUUCGAAGAAGAAAUCAAUCGUUGGACCCUGGAGUCGGUGUCUGUCGUAGCAUUGGACAAACAGUUGGGGUUGAUUAGUAAAAAUCGUGAUAAUCCCACAGCGAAACGUAUGUUCCAGGCCCUAACCGAUUUCUUUACCUAUUCUCUGGAAAUUGAAUUUAAGCCAUCGAUAUGGAAAUACUACAAGACUCCGACAUUUAAAAAGCUAAUGAAAAGUUUAGAUGAAAUAACGGAUAUUACAAAGGGUUUUGUGGAGGAGGCCAUCGAUCGGCUGGAGGAGGAACGUAAAAAUGGAGUACCUGAAAAGCCGGACAAUGAGAAAAGUGUUUUGGAGAAACUGAUUAAAAUCGAUAAGAAAAUUGCCAUGGUUAUGGCCAUGGAUAUGUUGAUGGCUGGGGUGGAUACGACUUCAACCACCUUUACCGGGUUGCUUUUGUGUCUGGCCAAGAAUCCCGAGAAACAAGAAAAGUUACGCGAGGAAGUUAGGAGACUCUUACCCCACAAAGAUUCCGAAUUCAAUGAAGCUGUAUUGAAAAACAUGCCCUAUUUACGGGCUUGCAUAAAAGAGUCAUUGAGAGUAUAUCCUUUGGCAAUUGGUAAUGCCAGAGAACCCAUAAAUGAUGUUGUGCUGAGUGGUUAUCGUGUACCCAAAGGAACACAAGUAUCAAUGAUAUCUACCUCCCUACUAAAUGAUGAUAAUCAUUAUCCCAGAGCUAAAGAAUAUUUGCCAGAACGUUGGCUACGACCUUCCAAGGAGACUGAGGGUACUGCAGAAUGUCCCCAUGCAUUGAAGGCUAGCAGUCCAUUUAUUUAUUUACCAUUUGGUUUUGGUUCACGCAGCUGUAUUGGUCGUCGUAUUGUUGAAAUGGAACUGGAAUUGGGUAUUGCUCGUUUGAUUCGUAAUUUCCAUGUGGAAUUUAAUUAUUCCACUGAGAACGCUUUUAAGAGUUUGCUGAUUAAUGUUCCCAAUAUUCCAUUGAAAUUUAAAUUUACUGAUGUUAGUGAUUAGGAAA